GAUCAUAGAACUCGAAUUGCGUAAUAUAUGGAGAACUGGUAGCUUGUGAGUCUCUGACGCCUUCACCUCAUCAGCAAAGGGAAAACAUGCUCCGAUUCUCUGGAAAACACACUGAAAAAUAAGACCAAAAUACCCUUCCCAAAUUGAAUCAACACAAAAAAACCCACUAAAAAUUAAGCAAAUAGCAUUCUACUAGAUUUGCAAUAGCAACUAGUAGAAGCAGCAGCAAUCACUCAAUUCAACAAUUACCGCAGUUCAGAAAAUGAGCACCGCCUCUAGUUCUUCACCGCCGCUGCUUGUUCCGCCGCCUGAGCAUGAAUGGAUCGACACUUACAUUAAAUUGCUUCCUCAAUGGCAAUCUCUCACUCUUUCUCACCAGUCAAUAAUACCGAUUUCGAUAUCUAGAGUUAAUCAAUUUGAUGCUGGGAGAUUAGAUAUUGAAAUGUCAGCCAUGUUAAAAGAGCAAUUGGUUAAGGUUUUCUCUUUAAUGAAGCCAGGAAUGCUAUUUCAAUAUGAGCCAGAACUUGAUGCUUUCCUUGAGUUUCUUAUUUGGAGGUUCUCUAUUUGGGUAGAUAAGCCUACUCCUGGAAAUGCUCUCAUGAAUCUCCGCUAUAGAGACGAACGCGCAGUCGAAUUUAGAGAAAAAGUCAGAACAGGCUUGGAAGGACCUGGACUGACUAUGGCUCAGAAACUUUGGUAUUGCAUCGCCACUGUUGGGGGUCAAUAUAUAUGGGCUCGUUUGCAGUCCUUCUCCGCCUUUCGUAGAUGGGGUGAUUCUGAGCAGAGGCCUCUAGCACGACGUGCGUGGAUUCUGUUACAACGUAUUGAGGGAAUUUAUAAGGCUGCAUCAUGUGUCAACCUACUCAUAUUUCUAUACACGGGAAGAUUUAGGAAUCUUGUUGAAAGAGUAUUAAAAGCAAGGCUUGUCUAUGGAAGUCCCCAUAUGAAUCGAGCAGUUAGCUUUGAGUACAUGAAUCGCCAAUUAGUGUGGAAUGAAUUUUCGGAGAUGCUAUUACUGCUUCUUCCUCUUCUCAACUCAUCAUCAGUUAAAAACUUACUGAGCCCAUUUUCAAAGGAUAAAUCCUCAAAUUCCACAGCAGAUGAUAGCACUUGCCCCAUUUGCCAGACGACUCCAACCAUUCCAUUUCUCGCUCUCCCAUGUCAGCACAGGUAUUGCUAUUACUGCCUUAGAACAAGAUGUGCUGCAUCUUCGUUAUUCCGGUGUCCUAGAUGCAGCGAGCCAGUGGUAGCUAUGCAGCGGCAUGGUGGUUUAGGCAGCCAACAGAAAACCUAGUCAAUCAAUAACAGAAAUAAACAUAGAAAGAAAUUCAGCAUAGUGUACUGUAUUAUAUAAUGUGCCUGAAUUAGGCAUAUAAUCAAAUCAAGAAAUCAAAAGUUUUAUCUGUAGAAUUAUUUAUUCCCAUUAUUUAGUUGGGAAUAUCAUUCAUUGUCAUCUUUCUGCAAUUAGAAAUUCCUUUCCUCAA